GCCAGUGGCCGGGGCGGUUCUAGUCUGUUCUGCCUGGCAGCAGCCGCCCCCUUUACGCGGUCACGCUGCGCUAGCGCCCGGGCUUGGGAUCGGGCCGCAGCCUCCGCCGCGCCCGCCGCCUCCUGCUGCCUCUCGCCGCCUCCUGCUGCCUCCCGCCGCCUCCGGACCAUGGACCCCCGCAAAGUGAGCGAGCUUCGAGCCUUCGUGAAAAUGUGCAAGCAAGACCCGAGCGUUCUGCACACCGAGGAAAUGCGCUUCCUGAGGGAGUGGGUGGAGAGCAUGGGGGGUAAAAUACCACCUGCUACUCAUAAAACUAAAUUGGAAGAAAAUACCAAGGAAGAAAAAACAGAUAGUAAGAAGGCAGAGGAAAACAUAAAGACAGACGAACCAUCAAGUGAGGAGAGUGAUCUAGAAAUUGACAAUGAAGGUGUGAUUGAACCAGACACUGAUGCCCCUCAAGAAAUGGGAGAUGAAAAUGUAGAGAUAACUGAGGAGAUGAUGGAUCAGGCAAAUGAUAAAAAAGUGGCUGCCAUUGAUGCCCUAAAUGAUGGUGAACUACAGAAAGCCAUUGACUUGUUCACAGAUGCCAUCAAGCUAAAUCCUCGUUUGGCCAUUCUGUAUGCCAAGAGAGCGAGUGUCUUCAUCAAAUUACAGAAGCCAAAUGCUGCCAUCCGAGACUGUGACAGAGCUAUUGAAAUAAAUCCUGAUUCUGCUCAGCCAUACAAGUGGCGAGGGAAAGCACACAGACUUUUGGGCCAUUGGGAAGAAGCUGCCCAUGAUCUUGCCCUUGCCUGUAAGCUGGAUUAUGAUGAAGAUGCUAGUGCAAUGCUGAAAGAAGUUCAACCAAGGGCCCAGAAAAUUGCUGAACAUCGUAGAAAGUAUGAGCGAAAACGUGAAGAGCGAGAGAUCAAAGAAAGAAUAGAAAGGGUCAAAAAGGCUCGGGAAGAACAUGAGAGAGCCCAGAGGGAGGAAGAAGCCAGACGACAAUCAGGAGCUCAGUAUGGCUCUUUUCCAGGUGGCUUUCCUGGCGGAGUGCCUGGUAAUUUUCCUGGAGGAAUGCCUGGAAUGGGAGGGGGCAUGCCUGGAAUGGCAGGAAUGCCUGGGCUCAAUGAAAUUCUUAGUGAUCCAGAGGUUCUUGCAGCCAUGCAGGAUCCAGAAGUUAUGGUGGCCUUCCAGGAUGUGGCUCAGAACCCAGCAAAUAUGUCAAAAUAUCAGAGCAACCCAAAGGUUAUGAAUCUCAUCAGUAAAUUGUCGGCCAAAUUUGGAGGUCAAGCAUAAUGCCCUUCUGACAAAGCCCCUGCUGAAGAAAAAGCAACUUACAUCACCUAAUGGAUGUCGCAAUAAUACAAACCAGUGUACCUCUGAUCUUCUCAUGAAGAAAGCUGGGGUGCUUUGAAGAUAAUCCCUACCCCUCUGCUCCAAAUGCAGCUGAAACAUUUUAUAGUGGUUUGCCAUUAGGGUAUUCAUUCAGAUAAUGUUUUCUUACUAGAAAUUUAAAACUUUAAACAAUUUUUAAAUCUUAAAAAUAUUUAAAACAAAUUAAAAGGGUGUGUUAAUCCCUACAUUUUUCUUUACUAAUCAUUUUGUUUUUUUCCUUUGAAUUAGUUAGGCAAGGAAGAUACUUCAGUAUGGAAGAUUUAUUCAAGUUUGAGUGAAAUAAAGAUUUAUUAGUGGGAGGCAAAUGUAACAUUUAAAUACAUAAAGUUUGAGUUGGAUAUAUGGUCACUGAGGCAUUUUGAUUUGUCUUUUUAAUUGCUUUAUUAUUAUUAUUUUUAAUGAUUUGCUUCCAUGAAACUGUUGGGACCACCAGUAUUGCAGUAGGACCUGGGUAGGGACUGGAAGUACUCGGCAGGGCAGCAGUAAUCUUACUACAUUUUAUAGAAUGUGUACCCUUGUGCAGAUGUAUUUAAAUCUUACACUGUGGUGAAAGGAUGAUUUUUAUACUGCUGCAGUAAAAUUGGAUUACUUAGCUCUGUUGUCUGAUAUCUAAAAUAAAUGUUUCACAUUUCCACA